AUGACUUUGACGCUUUGGAGAGACUUGACGCCUUUAGCUGAGCCUAUGAGGCGGCCAACUAUUGUAUCGCCCCAUAUACUCGUGAUAGGUGGUGGAGUGACUGGAUUAGUAACCUCAUGGGCCCUGCUCGAUCGAGGUUACAGUGUCACUAUUCUGAGCUCUGCUUGGGUUAAUGAAGAAAGUCGCCUAACGUCUCAAAUUGCCGGUGCUCUGUGGGAAUUCCCGCCGGCUGUUUGCGGCUCCCAUACUGAUGCUAUAUCAUUGGCACACUCGAAAAGAUGGUGUAUGACGGCCUAUCGUGUAUGGGAUGCGAUAGCCUCCAUCCCCAUACUAAGCGAGGAGUCAGGCGUGCGGAUGAUGCCGUCAGAUUUCUUCUUUCCUGAUAUAGUCGAAAACGAUGACGCACAGUAUUCUAAGAUGGUGGAGAUUAUAGCGAGUGGUGUCCGAGGGUUUUACCGAGGGGCCGACCUGAUGGACGAGAGGAGAGUCGACGAGUCCUAUGGUGCAGUCGAUGCAUAUGAGCUGAUGGCUCCAAUUAUUGACACCGACAAGGCUAUGGAGUGGUUGACACGUCUCGUGCAGGACAAGGGCGCACAGCUCGUGACGGAAACUAUCAACGACGACCUUCUAAAUGUCGAAGGGAAACUCCGAACGCGAUUCGGUGCUGAUGUUAUCAUCAACUGCACCGGCCUGCAAGGACAGGUUCUAGCUGGCGAUUCAACCGUGUACCCAAUCCGAGGAGGGUUAAUCCGCGUGAUCAACGAUGGGUCGGACUUUCCGAAGGUUGAGGCAGCUCUAACCAUCACAGCUGAUGCAGUCCAUGACUCAAACGAGAUCGUUUUUCUUGUACCAAGAAACGACAAUAUCCUGCUGAUUGGCGGCAUAGCAGAGCCGCAUGAGUGGGACUUGAAUCUCACGUUGGACAGCCCUAUCAUACGACGGAUGCGGGAGAGAUGCGAGGCAUUCUUGCCAGAUUUGAAGGCUGCCCGUGUAGAUCCGGAUUACCCGUUAGCACAAGGUCUCCGUCCAUUCAGGGGAAAUAACGUGAGGGUUGAGCGCGAGCUGCGAAGACCCAACAGCCGAAUUGUGCAUUCUUACGGCCAAGGGGGCGCCGGUUGGUCGCUAUCCUUCGGAUGCGCUCAUGACGUCUUGCUGUUGGUUGAGGAGGUGUUGACAGGCGUCGCAGCAAGAUCGAUGAGAGAAAUGGAGAGCGAGCGCAAAGGCAUGAAGUUCAGAGGCACUAGGGAGGCCAGAGCGGCACUCUAGGCUAGGUGUAAUCAUAUUCACUCCCACUCUCCUUGCAUGUAUGUCAGGUUACAAGGGGCUCAUAGCAGGCUGUUUUGCAGGUUCUAACCGGUACGGAGUAAAGGGAUGUAGUAGCGACGUCAGGACCACGUAGUGCAUUAUGUCAACGCUGACGGAAUGAAAUCAUGCAUGCAUGUACGUAUGUAUGUAUGCACUGACCGCGCUUUCCAAGCAUGUCAGUCAGGGGUGUAAGCAAAGGGCAACUGCAGCUCACUGACAGAACAAAGACUCCCAC